AUGGCAGCCUACCAGAAUCUUCGGGCUCAAGUCUCACACCAGCCAUCAAGAUCUCACUGUCCCAUAGCCUUCCCGCUGGUCUCUGACAUCGAAACGACCGCAAAACGCUUCGUUGGCAUCGAGUCCAAAUGUACGAACGAGAACAUGAGCAAAUGCCACCGGCAAUCUCAAUCACCGUUGUUCUGCAUUCCAGCUGAGCUGAGAAAUCUCAUUUACGAUUACGCAUCACUGCCGGAUGUACACCCGUCGAAAAGAAGAUGCCCACCACAUUGUAUCACGCUUGCUUGUCAUUCUUUCCACACCAACCUUUCCUGGCUACAAGUUUGCCGGCUCAUCUGGCUAGAGGCCAAUGCUGUUGUGUUCAAGUAUGCUGAACCGCUCUUCUUCCGGCUGUACGAAGCACCGGACCUGCAGCACUUCAUGCGGAACUUGACACCAUUGAACGUCGAGUACCUGCAGCGAAUCCAUAUCGGUCAAGAAGUCUUUAACCUUGCUCUCGACCCCACGGUCCUCAAGUAUCUGGAGGAUACGACCUUGCAGCUCUGGCCUCCGGAAGUCACCAUCACGCUCACGGCCUAUCCCUGCUUUUCCAGCACAGAGGACGUGUCUGACUGGAUCAUGCAGAUUCUCACGCACCAGAAGUUCGCCUCGACAGACAAGCUCCAGAUUAAUAUCCACGUUGCUGAACACCAGGUUAGGAACAUUCAGUCCAUAGCUGAGGUGAUCCGACGCGAGAGAAGGAUUGGUGAUUGGGAGCCACUUUCCAGUAACAAGCGGGAGGAAGUGAGGUGGCUACGGCAAUGGGGCGACAGUCGGCCUAGAUUCCAACGUGGAAGUCCCGUCAACAUGGCAUAUCGUACGUUUAACAUUGACUUCAGACGUGCUCCCGGGACUGGCAAAGUAAGACUGCAGAAGUAUGAACCUGGCAUGGAUACCGAUUGCUGGCACCUAAUGCCUUGGCGAACCAUUUUCCCGCAGAGUCAUCCGUGUCAACGCACCUUCAGCGCACAGGAUCUCCACGCGGAAAGGUACUUGAGGAAGUGGCAAGCUGAGGACAGUCUACUGAAGUUUGUGGAUGAGUGA